AAUAUCAGUCCAAUGAUGGAGACAUCAAAUAUUUUUUAAUAAUGUAGGCCUGCACAUAAAAAGAUUCUAGUUUAUUUAAAAAAAAUAUAUAUUAAAAACCCCAACAAGAUGACUCUGGAAGUGCUUAUAUUAUGUUCUUUGAUUUUCGUGUUCAUCAUAUCAUUCUGCGGACUUUUACAGAAGAUCAAACAGUCAUACGAAAGAGAGAGGAUAAUAGCAGAGAACGUCAGACCUAUACAUCAGGGUGGAUUAUAAUAUUUAUAUUUCCAUUGAAAUACGAAACAAAAACAUAAAGAAUCUCCUUUGUCCGAAUAAUAAACUUUAUCGCCGCACACACACUUGUUUUUAUCAAAAAUCACGAUAUCAAAAGUACUGAUUAUAGAUAAAUCGCACUUUUGGAAAAACAUCUGACAUGUAAUUCCAAAUAUUUUUGAGUGUUUGACGUAUAAUAAUGGAAAAACAGUUUUUUCCCUAUCCUACGACUCGUCGCCCUUCACCUCCAAUAUCUAAUAACGAGGGAGAUCGAACAAAUGGAUUUUCUGCAUUCGCAGGAGUCUGGAUAUUUUGCCUUAUCAUUUCAAUUUGCAUUCGGUUGUGUGUUGCAAUAAGAACAUAUAAAAGGAUGAAGAUGGAACGUCGCAGACGACGAAUAGUGGUUGUUGCGGGCAGAACGACACCCGAAGAAAGACUGGCUCAUCGACACGUUCCACGAGAUGGAAGUUCAGAUGCGUAUAUAAAUUCAACGUUCAUCGAAGAUUUGGAAUCUACUGAUAGGGACGUGGGGAUAUUUCCGAGCGCGCCACCUCCUUACGCACCUCUGGAAGCACCUCCUAAAUACGAAGAUAUAAUAAAAGAAGAAGAAAAUAACAUGAGAAGCGUGUCAGUUCAGACUAGAAUUAACGUUCACACGCGGACUACACCCGCUCAAUCUCCACCCCCUUAUACAAUUUCGACAUAAUUAUUUUUUAUUCAAUCGUGACUAAAAAAAAACUUUAAUUUGUUUGAAAACUUCUAUUUUUAGUGCAUUUGUUGUAUCAAAUUUAGAGAAUUUUUGUUCUAUGACGUUUAAUAAUUGACAACAAUCAGUUUAACACGUCGACUGCCGCACUAUGUUUCAAAUUGUUUUAUAAAUAAUUGUUUAUCUAUUCAAAUUUGUGUCGUAACGACUCUAAUCGACAUUUUACUAAAUAAAUUCGAUAACAGACCGGAAAAUUUUCAUUUUUCUUAUACGGAAAAUAACAGAAGAAGAAAUAUUACCGCUACGUAUCAAAUCCUUUCGUGUCUUACGCAUUUUCGUUAGAUAUAAAUCAAUUUUUUUAAAAAAUAAUAAUCAUUAUGUCAAGAACGUUUUAUUAAAUAAAUAUUUUUCAUUUAAAAA